AUGAGUACUGCAACACUCACAAUUGCCCGGCGUGGAACAACUGGGGCAAUUGGGGUGAAUGUACUGCAUCUUGCGGAGGCGGGGGCUACCUGUUCUGGUGAUGCCACGAAAUUUGAGGCGUGUAAUUUAACACCUUGCCCAAGCUUGAACGGAUGGCAAUUAGUAUUGCUUUUAGGUGCUUCGUGGGGCGAUUUUAGUGCGUGGUCCGAUUGUACAGCCAGUUGCAACGGUGGUACACGAACGCGCACAAGGUCUUGCAACCAGCCAGGGUUAAUCGGGGGAUGCCCUGGUGGUGAAUCCGAGUCAGAGCCAUGUAAUACGUUCGGUUGCCCGCAAUGGAACACAUGGCAAACGUGGGGAGCUUGUUCGGAGAGUUGUUUAGGUGGUACUAAGACAGCUACUCGGACGUGUAACACGUUUGGACAAGCAGGAGCGUCGUGUAAUGGAUUAACGGCAAAAUCCGAACCGUGUAACACGUUUGGCUGUCCAACUUGGAACGACAUGGUCUGGAACGAUUGUUCUGUAACUUGUGGUGGUGGAACACGGACAGGUACAAGGACUUGCAACAGGAACGGCGGGACAGCUGAUUGCGUGGGAUCGAAUACAGUAACCGGAGUUUGCGGCGCUGCACAAUGCGCAUCCUCUUCAUGCGUGAAUACCCUGAGUAAUUGUGGGGAUCUCUCCUCUCUUUGUACUUCUGCAGCUCAUGCUUCAUUAAUGCGGAAUAUCUGCCCACAAACAUGUGGAUUUUGUGGGUCUUCAACUGGUAGUUGGAGUGGAUGGUCAAAUAGUGGGACGUGCACUUUUACUUGUGGAGGCGGUACACAACGACAGACUAGAACAUGCAAUGGUGGAACCGCAGGUGCUACUGACUGCUCCGGAUCUACAACACAAACGAUUCCAUGCAAUGAGCAAACUUGUCCACCACAGGGUAGUUGGGGUUCGUGGACAAAUAAUGGGACUUGUUCACUGACUUGUGGUGGUGGCAUCCAACAACAGACACGAGCAUGCAAUGGUGGAACUGCAGGAACUGGUGGCUGCCCUGGAUCUACAACACAAACAAUUGCCUGCAAUGGGCAGGCUUGUCCAUCAAGUGGGUUCUGGGGUAAUUGGAUAAAUGUUGGGAUAUGUUCUGCAAGCUGCAUGCAAGCACAGACACGUCAAUGCAAUGGUGGGACAGCAGGUCAAGGCGGAUGUUCUGGCUCAUCCUCACGAAUACAAUCAUGUACGGGGGGAACCUGUUCAAGACAGACCGUAACGUGCGGGAAUUUAUUGGACUUGCAACCAAGUGCGUCAUGCCCUCGGUGGGUUAACUCGAGCUAUUGUAACCAUAGGAAUUAUGCAAGUUACAUGUUAACCUACUGUGCCAAGUCCUGCUGCAUAUUUAAUGCAGGUUCUUCAACUGGUAGUUGGAGUGGAUGGUCAAAUAGUGGGACGUGCACUUUUACUUGUGGAGGCGGUACACAACGACAGACUAGAACAUGCAAUGGUGGAACCGCAGGUGCUACUGACUGCUCCGGAUCUACAACACAAACGAUUGCAUGCAAUGAGCAAACUUGUCCACCACAGGGUAGUUGGGGUUAGUGGACAAAUAAUGGGACUUGUUCACUGACUUGUGGUGGUGGCAUCCAACAACAGACACGAGCAUGCAAUGGUGGAACUGCAGGAACUGGUGGUUGUCCUGGAUCUACAACACAGACGAUUCCAUGUAAUGAGCAAACUUGUCCACCACAGGGUAGUUGGGGUAAUUGGACAAAUAAUGGGACGUGUUCUACAAGCUGCAUGCAAGCACAGACGCGUCAGUGCAAUGGUGGAACAGCAGGUCAAGGUGGAUGUUCUGGCUCAUCCUCACGAAUACAAACAUGUACUGGUGGAAACUGUCCAACACAGACCGGAAUGUGCAAUCAUUUAAGCGACUGGCUACUGCCUCAAUGCGCUAUAUGGGCUAACAGUAGUGACUGUAACCAUAUGGCUCAUGAACAUUUCAUGAUAACGGUCUGCGCCAGGUCCUGCUGUAUAUAUAAUAAUGCAGGUAAACAAUUCCUAACCUUU